CUCGUCGCCCUCCCCGCACACUCCUCGUGACUUCCACUCGAAGCCCGAGGAAAUGGCGGCCUCCAACGCCGCCUCCAUCUCGCCCACCACCGCCCCGCACAUCUUCCUCCUCGGCCGCCGCAAUGCCCGCGUCCGCGUGUCCGCCUCGGCGGGCGGCGGGACCGGCGGGGGGUCGUACCUGGACAUGUGGAGGAAGGCGGUGGAGCGGGAGCGGCGGUCGGCGGAGCUCGCGCGCCGGCUCCAGGCUCCCCCCUCGGGGGAGGAUGCCGCCGCGGGCGUGGGGCCGCCGCCGGGCGAGGACGUGGAGAGGCGGACGGCGCAGUUCGAGGAGAUGCUGCGGGUGCCGCGGGAGGAGCGCGAUCGCGUGCAGCGCCGGCAGGUCAUCGACCGCGCCGCGGCCGCGCUUGCCGCAGCGCGCGCCGUGCUCAAGGAGCCGCCUGCCCCGUCCCCGCCCCCGACGCCGCCGCAGAAGGAGGAGAUGGCCGCUGGCGCGGCGGGAUCGGGCGAGGGCGGGGCUCCGAAGGGAUCGGAUCGGGGCUCCCGGAAGGUGGCGCCGGCGCCGGUCUCGCAAUCGCCGGGAGUGCCAGACUCUGGGGAUUCAUCUACUUACAAGCAGGAAAGUUCAAAGCUUGGUACUCCAGGUCCGGAUUUUUGGUCGUGGUUACCACCAAUGCAAAAUAGCAGUAAACCAAAGGAAAGCAGUACUGGUUUUAAACCAUCCAAAAAAGUGGAUCCAUUUUCCCAUCAACCUGAUCUGCUGAUGGAAAAGGAACAAUCAGCAGACUUUUUAUCACUUCCGUUGGAGACCUCUUUCUUUGAGGAAAAGGAAGAUAGAUCUCUUCCUCCCUUCCAGUCAUUUGCUGAGCCUGAAAAUGUUGGUUCCAAGGCUAAUCAGGUUGCUGACACAAAGGAGACAUUUGAAGAACAGUUUUCAAACAAUGCAGCUGAGGUGGCUAGAGCUCUUAGUGAAAGCGAUGAUAAAUCAUCCCAUGGAAUAUAUCCGGAUGGUUCAAUGUGGUGGAAAGAGACAGGUGUAGAACAAAGGCCUGAUGGUGUAAUUUGCAAGUGGACUGUGACUAGGGGAGUUAGUGCUGAUGGUGCUGUCGAAUGGGAAGACAAGUAUUGGGAGGCUUCAGACCAGUUUGAUCAUAAAGAAUUAGGUUCUGAGAAGUCUGGACGUGAUGCUGCAGGCAAUGUAUGGCGGGAAUACUGGAAGGAGUCAAUGUGGCAGGAUUACACCUGUGGGGUUAUGCAUAUGGAGAAGACUGCGGACAAGUGGGGACAGAAUGGUAAAGGGGAGCAGUGGCAAGAGCAAUGGUUUGAGCAUUAUGACUCAACCGGUCAAGCUGAAAAAUGGGCCGAUAAAUGGUGCAGCUUGGAUCCAAAUACACCGCUGGAUGUUGGUCAUGCUCAUGUUUGGCAUGAAAGGUGGGGCGAGAAGUAUGACGGCAGUGGCGGCAGCGUGAAAUACACUGACAAGUGGGCCGAGCGGUCCGAGGGCGACGGGUGCUCCAAGUGGGGCGACAAGUGGGACGAACACUUCGACCCGAACGGCCAUGGCGUCAAGCAGGGGGAGACCUGGUGGGAGGGCAAGUAUGGGGACCGGUGGAACCGCACCUGGGGCGAGGGGCACAACGGCUCCGGGUGGGUGCACAAGUACGGCCGGAGCAGCAGCGGCGAGCACUGGGACACGCACGUCCCGCAGGAGACGUGGUACGAGCGGUUCCCUCACUUCGGCUUCUACCACUGCUUCGAGAACUCGGUGCAGCUCCGGUCCGUCCGGCGGCGGCAGCCUCCUCGGAAGUGAAGGUCUGAAGAAAGAGUAGCAGCGGUAGAUGGUCAGGAACGUUUCGUUUGCAGGCAUAAUCUGAGUAGUUGGCUACUCAUCUCACCCAUCUCCAUCUCUCAUUUUUUUGGUUUUGCUGGUAGAGCAGCUCAUCAUGCUUGUACAAUUAACAUGACUGAUUCCAGCAUGCUGUUUGUCAUAAAGUGAAAGUCGGAAUGCUGAUACAUGAACGGAGUAUUCAGACGGACAUGGAUAGGAAAAGUUUAUAGCGGUAGAUGUGUCCCAAAAAGUCGCCUUUUUUGGACUGCUUCAGGAGGGAAAUUUAUUUAUUUGCCACCCAA